CAGGAGCGGACGGUUCCUACUGCGGCUGGGCACCGGCUCCUCUCCCGCGUCGGCCCGCGCUCCAGCUGCGCCCGGCCCGGCCCUGGCCCGGCUCGGCCCGGCUCCAGCCUCCGAGCGAAGGCGCCGCUGCCGCCUGGGCCGGUCCCAGGGCCAUGAGGAGGCGGUGGCAGCCGCUGCGGCCCGCGUCAAGGUGACCGGCCGGGACUGCGGCGGCGGCGGCGGUGAGAGCGGGCGGUGAGAGGAGCGGCCGGCGGGGCGGGGCGGGGCGGGACCCUGAGGGCCGGGCCGGAGAGAGCUGCAGAGGCUCCUGUUUGGAAAGAGACCUGCUGGGAUGGUUUAUCCUGUUGGCCUGGGAUUAUGAAGCCCAACACGUGUUCCUGGACUUGUCCAAACAGGUUAUGUCACCGACAGAGGCUGCCCUGAAGCUCCCUGUGGCCCGGAGACUAUGUACAAGAGGAAUGGUCUGAUGGCUAGCGUGUUGGUCACCUCCGCCACUCCACAGGGCAGCAGCAGCUCAGACUCUCUGGAGGGCCAGAGCUGCGACUAUGCCAGCAAGAGCUACGACGCCGUCGUCUUCGAUGUCCUGAAAGUGACUCCCGAGGAGUUUGCUAGCCAGAUCACACUAAUGGACAUACCCGUGUUUAAAGCCAUCCAGCCGGAGGAACUAGCCAGCUGUGGAUGGAGUAAGAAGGAGAAACAUAGUCUCGCCCCCAACGUCGUGGCCUUUACCCGGAGGUUUAACCAGGUCAGUUUUUGGGUUGUACGAGAAAUUCUAACAGCACAGACUUUAAAAAUAAGGGCAGAAAUCCUGAGCCAUUUUGUGAAAAUAGCCAAGAAACUUCUAGAACUCAACAACCUUCAUUCUCUCAUGUCUGUGGUGUCAGCAUUGCAGAGCGCGCCCAUCUUCAGGCUGACGAAAACCUGGGCUCUUUUGAAUCGAAAAGACAAGACCACCUUUGAGAAACUGGACUACCUGAUGUCCAAAGAAGAUAAUUACAAGCGGACUCGGGAGUAUAUCCGAAGCCUGAAGAUGGUUCCCAGUAUUCCCUAUCUAGGCAUCUAUCUUCUGGAUUUAAUCUACAUUGAUUCUGCGUAUCCUGCCUCAGGCAGCAUCAUGGAAAACGAACAAAGAUCCAAUCAGAUGAACAAUAUUCUCCGAAUAAUUGCUGACUUACAAGUUUCCUGCAGCUACGACCACCUCACCACCCUGCCCCAUGUGCAGAAGUACCUGAAGUCCGUGCGCUACAUCGAAGAGCUCCAGAAGUUUGUGGAGGACGACAACUACAAACUGUCACUCCGAAUUGAACCAGGAAGCAGCUCCCCGAGACUAGUCUCUUCCAAGGAAGAUCUUGCAGGUCCGUCCAGCGGCUCCAGUUCCGCAAGGUUCAGCCGGCGGCCCACCUGUCCGGACGCUUCUGUGGCCGGCAGCCUCCCCACACCCCCAGUUCCGAGACACAGGAAGAGCCACAGUCUGGGCAACAAUAUGAUGUGUCAGUUGAGUGUAGUUGAGAGUAAAAGCGCGACAUUCCCAUCGGAGAAAGCGAGGCACCUGCUAGACGACAGUGUCCUAGAGUCCCGCAGCCCCCGCAGGGGCCUCGCCCUCGCCUCCUCCUCCGCCGUCACCAACGGACUCUCCCUCGGCAGUAGUGAGAGCUCAGAGUUUAGUGAAGAGAUGUCUUCAGGGCUGGAAAGCAGGGGACAUCUCUAUGCCACACUGGGACCCAACUGGCGCGUUCCAGUCCGGAAUUCUCCCAGAACCCGGAGCUGCGUCUACAGCCCCACUGGCCCAUGCAUCUGUACAUUGGGGAGCUCUGCGGCGGCCCCCACCAUGGAGGGGCCUCUGAGAAGGAAAACUCUGCUGAAGGAGGGACGGAAGCCUGCGCUGUCUUCAUGGACCAGGUACUGGGUCAUACUCUCAGGAUCCACCCUCCUGUACUACGGAGCCAAGUCGUUGCGGGGCACAGACAGAAAGCACUAUAAAUCCACACCUGGCAAGAAGGUCUCUGUCGUGGGCUGGAUGGUGCAGCUGCCUGACGAUCCUGAGCACCCGGACAUCUUCCAGCUGAAUAAUCCCGACAAAGGCAAUGUUUACAAGUUCCAGACUGGCUCCCGGUUCCAUGCAAUCCUGUGGCACAAGCAUUUGGAUGAUGCAUGUAAAAGCAACAGGCCUCAGGUACCUGCAAACCUUAUGUCAUUUGAAUAAGUCUCUGCAAGACUUGGCGUGACUUCGGAGGCCUCUGGGAGCCCAGCCUGGGACUGGUGGCCAAGCGCACAUCGGGGGCACAGGCCGCUGGCGGGGUGCUGGGAGACUCAGACCUGGACUUGAGGGGACAUGGCCUCACAGUCUGGAGGGCUCCGCCAAUGUGGGGUCCACCCACUGAUCCCCAGCCAUCCUCAUGCCCCCCAUUCUGCAGCACCACCUCGGGGGGCUUCGGUUGGUCCCCAGACUGUACACCCUGCCUGCCUGCCCGCCCAGCCUGGGCCCGCGUCUGUCCACCAGCUGCUGCUGCGACCAGAGAGCACCCGGCCCACGUUGGGUCCCCAGGGCUUUCUCCUGCACAAAGAGUGGAUGGCGACCCCCGUGUGAGGGCCAGAGGGACGAGACGGGCUGGGGACUGGCUCUUUUCACCCCAGCGCGUGGGGUCGCUCGCCCACAGGGCUGCCUCAGAUUUUGUACACCCGAAGCGUCCUCUGCGUGUGCGUGCUGUGUCUGUGUGCGUGCAAGCGAGCGAGCGUGGACUCUCCGAGAAACAUGCAUUUUGGCACAAGACUCGUGACAUCACACACUUCAUUCUCUUUGAGGCCCUGCUUUCACCUUAAGCGAUAGACUCAUCCACCGAGGAAGGUCAGAGAGCCCAGAUUCCUCCUGUGUUAAGGGUCCCUCGCAUUCUUUUACUGUAAACAAACAAUGCCUUAAAUUGUGUCUUGUUUUCUGUUCCUAUGGGUGCUAUUCAUCCGGACGGCCUGCUCCCUGGGCCCCCGGGCCCUCCCAGGUCUUGUUGCAGUCGGCUCUUCUCAGAUAGGACCCGGCUUCGGAACCAUGGGCUGGGCCGGCUGCCGGCCUGCUUGCUUCCUCCCAGCCCCCUCCCGCAGGGUCUGAAGGCGCCCCCCCCCCUUCUCCUCCCCCUCCCCCCACCCUGUCCUGUGCCAGCAUGGGGGCCACUUUCUGCCAGCUUCUCGAGGCCAACUGUGCGCGGUGACCUGACCUGCUGCAUGGAAGCUACUCUGCACCAACCGCUCCCCAAAGGGCCAGGCUUUCGCUCCCCCCACCUCAUCUCUUUGCCUCCACUGCCAGGGCGGGGCCUCUGGGAUUCCUGAUUACACUGGGGAGCCUGAGUGACACUGAGGCCUUAAGCUCCCCCAUUCUUGCCCCCAAACACAGUCACCAGCAAAUUCUCCAUCAUCCAAGUCCAAGGGCACAAUAGUUGAUGACCAUGGUGACGAGAGAGCAAAGCCCCGGGGAGCGGACAGUCAGAGCUCUGGUUUCAGCUGAGAGCUCUUCAGGUGAACAAUGUCCUUCACCUGUCACUCCUUGUCAUGUUUUUAAGUGACUUACUUUGCACAAAUACAUUUUUAUUUAAAGUCGUGAAUAAAAAUUAGCUUUAUUUAUGGUAGCUUUAUCACUGUAGCUUCUCCCCCCAGCCCCUUCCUGCCUUCUCCCCUCCCCUCUUCCUCCCCUUUUUUUUAAUCUGGGUGUCCUGAUUCUGAGAAGGAAACCUGAAUGAUUUUUUGAAAGAGACUGGAUUUUUGGGUCCUUGUCACUCUCAUGGUUUCAGAGCUCACACUGAUCAGACAGCAAACUACUCUUAAAAGAGUUUCUGUGCAAGAUGCUUCAAAACAACACCUUAACCACUAAAUGGUAAGAGGUCGAUUUAAGAACUGCCAAAGAACCCACCCCUGUAUUUUGAUCAAAAGGUGACCACUUUUCCUAAAAUUCAGAUGAAUUAGUGAGGAAAGUGAUUGUCAUUGGGGUCUUACUUUGUGAUGGCACCUUACUGUGCUCAGUAACUAACUUCCUUUGGAACAAGUCUAGAAUACUUUGGUGGUGGGAGAAAUGCCCAAUGGGGAAGUUGAGGCCAUCAAACUUUGUCCAUCACUGGUGCUUCACAUACCCUCUUGCAGCUGGGGUCAGAUGCAUGCACCUAAUUCAUACCAACAACUGCUCAAACUAGCAUCUGGAGUCUGAAUGAACAUACCAGACACCCCAACACCUCUCACCAGAACCAUGCAGUGUCAAUGCUUUAACCGAUAUUAUCUCUGAUUCUACCUGCUAAUUUUUUUUUAAGACUAAAGUUUGAAUGCAAUUGCAAAACUACUUUCCUUGAGUUUCUCUACUCUUCAAACUGUCCUGGUUUUUCCACCAUGAGAUAUUAUAGAAGCCAAUCCAAAAACCUCAAAAUUUCAGGCUCCACUAAAUAAGAUCACUCGCAGCCCUUUACAGAUUUUCUUUAUCUUUCACAAAUGUUUUCUUCUGAGCCCAAUUUUGAAAUAGCACAAUCGCAGUUCUUGUCAAAGUGUUUAGUCUUCUCACUAGUUGAAAUUGACCCCAUGUCCCCUCCUGGAAACAUUCUUAGCUUUGACUCUCCAUAGAACUGGUAAGAACCUUGAACUUACCAGAAGGGUCCUGAGGAUAAAGCUAUAAGGCUCCUGGCUCUCCCAGCAGGGGCUCAGGGCCACGCUUGCUGUCUUCCUAACAUUGGUUUGUCCUUCAUGCCGCCAGUCAUGGCAAGCCAGGGGCAGAGGGAGGGCUAGGCACAAACCCCAAAAGGGAAAGUCCCCAGGUGGAUUCUCACCCUGGAAGAAAGCAUUCCUGGGUCUUGCUCUCUGACUCACCAUUGUACACAAAUGUCUGUGAAAACACUGAAAGGGAUGUCUCUGGUAUGUGUAUGCUGUAUCUUUUUUUUUUUUUUAAGCAAACAAAUCCCUGAAUGAAAGUUCUAGAGUGCUGUCUACGACCUGUGGAGUAGAUAGCUAGUAUCCUCAUGAUGCCAUGCCAACAGCUCACUCACCUAUCCCCAAGAGGAAUUUUCACUUCUCUCUGUCAAACGCGUUCUGUAACUCAAGGUCAACCAAGUGCACUCUGACAACUGAAAGUUUCUGGAGGACGGAUUUGGUGGAAAGCUGUAGAAAUAUUGAUCUGAGUGUGCCCAUUGGGACAGUGUGGCCUGCCUCCCCUCCCUGGAGAAGCCAGUUCAUCACCCUGUCCCCUGUGGACCCUGAAGAGAAGACAAUGAAGGGGUUCUGCUUAUGAAAGAACCCACUCUCUCUUGCCAACUGAAUUUACAAAGUGUUUUUUUUUUUCUUACCAAUGUGGCCAGUAUUUCUUUCAUCAUCUUCCUCCCACCUUCCAAGCCCAAGAAGUGUGUCUUUUAGGAUGCCAUUUGACAGAUGGAAGAAUGGUCCACAAAACAGGAAGCCCUUACAAGCAAGGUCUGCUUUCAAUCCACAGGUAGAGAGUCUAGAGUUCUGGACCCACAUUACUGAUGCUGAGAACCAGGUGAACAGUGCUGAAAACACAACCUGACUUACCUAUUGUGACUUGGUAAAUCAUUUUAAUCACACAUCAUUCUGAAAUGUUGGGUGAUUUCAUGUUUUAAAAAGAAAAGAAAAACAAAAAAACUACAAGAGUCCUUUUGAAAUAACAGACCCUCUGUGUAAAGCCACCCAUUCGUCCAUCGAUUAUCAUCUCUAGUGAGUGCUUCCUGUGUGUCAGCCUCUUCCUCGGGAUUGAAGUGGCCGAGAACAAGAUAAACCUAAGCCCUGCCCUCAUGGAGCUGACCUCUCAACGAACAAAUCAUCCUCACCACGCCAUUUCCUCUCUCCCAGCAAGACCCUGGCUCCCCACCCCCCAUUGCAACCCCCACCCAGCACUGGGUAGAAACCCUGUGUGGAUUCCUCCAGAAAGUCUUCGAAAGGCUCAACAGACUGAAUAGUCUUCAAUUUGUGAGUCCAGUUACUGUCCGAGUGGCCGGUUGGCACAGGACAGCCAGACACAGAGCUAUGGCUGGACACAGGAUUCCGAGGUGGAACGAGAGAGUCACAUCAGAACGCUUAAGAGUAUUUACUUCAGAAGUUCUUUGUUUUUAAUUUCAGUGUUAAAUACAAGUACAACUUGAGCGAGAGCUGCUUUCCCUUGGGUGUCGAGAACUCGUCCCACGGACCACCUCACCACUGGUGCUGCACAAAUGUGUGUGCGCCACGGGCAGCCCCCAACCCCCUGCUCGCAGCAGCAACGAUGGAGCAUCUGUGAGUUCUGUAAUCACUCAUCUCUUUAUCUGUUUCUGAACGACUGUGACCAUUCAGUAACAAUAGUGAUUAAUUUAGUGUGGUAAAAUCUUCAAUAAAUUUUGUGCCAAAAUGCAUGGUUUUUCACUUAGCAUUCAAAAUGUUGCAUAGAGAGUAGUUUUCAAUUUCUUAUGUAUUCCUCCAAGUAAGUUGAAAAUCACUUUUUACAUUUCAGUUUGUUUCUUGUUCGAUCUGUUGCACUCUCCCGGGCUGUCUUUUUUUUCCAGCAGAACCCCCUGCAUGCAGUUGUGUAAGGACUUUCCCUAAUUCUUGUGAAUUGUCUCAUCCGCAGUAACCACUGAACAUCAGCCCUCUGUGGGAUUCUUUAGAUUUUUGGUGAAGUAUUUUGUUACCUCAGUCUUGUAUCAAGUUGCUGUAUUUUUCAGCUUGUUACGCGGAUAAUAAUUGUUUCACUAAUUAAAUACUUUAGUGUAUAAACAUUUUUGUUUACUUUGAAAUUAAAUGUUUUUUCCAAUGAA